AGUAUUCCUUUCUCCAAAAAAACUAUAAAAACUUUUUUAUGUGAGAAAAUCCAUAAAAAUCCAUAAAUUUUUUUUGGAUCAUCCUUCAUUUCUUUAAACCAAACAAUGAGAAAUACUUAAUUGGUUUCCCUUCUUUAAACCAAAAAUUCCUUACCGGCGGUAUCUUCCCAUGCAAAUACUCUCGGGUUCCAUUGCACAAGCUUGUUGAGGACGAGGUCGGAGCAGCUGGUGGAGAAGAUGGCGGCGGCAAUGGCGGCCAUGAAGUCUCCGCCGGGAGCCGUGGACGGCGGCGGCGGAGUGGUUUUGGCGCGGAGCGGCACGACAACACACAUUAGGAAGUCGAACAGCGCGCAGAUGAAUAAGUUUGAGUAUUUGGAUGAGUUGGAGAGCGGGGCCGCCCUCAGCCGCGCCUCCAGCGCCAGCUUGGGCUUCUCCUUUCCCUUCACCGGAUUCGCCGUGCCGCCGCCGGAGGACGUAACUCUCCAUUCUAAGCCCUUCAGCGAAGAAGACGACGACGACGAUAUUCCUGAAGAUCUUGAAGUUGGCACAGACAAGAAGAUGGUGAUUCAUUCAGAACGUACCUUACCAAUCUUCCUUAAGUUUAGGGAGGUCACCUACAAGGUUAUGUUGAAGGGCAAGGAAAAGGACAUAUUGAAUGGAAUCAAUGGUGCGGUAGAUCCCGGGGAAGUUUUGGCGUUGAUGGGACCUUCCGGAAGUGGAAAGACCACUCUCCUCAGCCUGCUUGGAGGAAGGGUGAGAGAGCCUACAAGUGGUUCAAUCACUUAUAAUGAACAACCAUAUUCCAAGCUACUCAAGAGCAGGAUAGGAUUUGUGACCCAAGAUGACAUUCUCUUCCCUCACUUGACGGUGAAAGAGACCCUGACCUAUGCUGCCCGCCUCCGGCUACCAAAGACGCUUACAAGGGAGGAAAAGGAAAGGAGGGCAAUGGAUGUCAUCCACGAGUUGGGGCUAGAAAGGUGUCAAGACACAAUGAUUGGGGGCUCGUUUGUAAGGGGAGUUUCGGGUGGAGAAAGAAAACGUGUGUGCAUUGGCAAUGAGAUAAUAAUCAACCCGUCUCUUCUCUUCCUCGACGAACCUACUUCUGGUUUGGACUCUACAACUGCAUUAAAGAUGAUUGAGAUAUUACAUCAUAUAUCUCAGGCAGGGAAAACAGUGAUUACCACAAUUCAUCAGCCAUCAAGCAGGCUCUUCCUCAAGUUUGAUAAGCUGAUUCUUCUAGGGAAAGGAAGCUUGCUUUACUUUGGGAAGGCGUCAUCUGCAAUGGAUUAUUUCUCAUCAAUAGGGUGUGUCCCUCUGAUUGCAAUGAAUCCAGCAGAAUUCCUGUUAGACCUUGCUAAUGGAAACGUAAAUGAUGUCUCCCUUCCAUCAGAAGUGGCCACAGUGCAAAUGGGUAAUACUAAUUCCAUGCAGGGAAAGAGUAAUGGAAAGCCAACUCCAGCACUUAUGCAUCAGUAUCUGGUGGAAUCUUACGAAACACACAUAGCAGAAACUGAUAAGAAGAAACUUCUUGCUUCUCUGCCCAUUGAUGAAGAGCUGAAGUCCAAAGCAAGUUCCAUAAAGAGAGAGUGGGGUGCAACCUGGUGUGAACAAUUUUCCAUAUUGUUCUGCCGGGGACUUAAAGAACGGAAGCAUGAUUAUUUUAGCUGGUUAAGAAUCACUCAAGUCAUUGCAACAUCACUUAUAUUGGGUAUGCUCUGGUGGCAAUCUGGAGGUGAUGACCCUACUCAGCUACAAGAACAGGCUGGGCUGCUCUUCUUCAUUGCUGUAUUUUGGGGGUUCUUUCCAGUCUUCACAGCAAUAUUUACAUUUCCUCAGGAAAGGGCAAUGCUAAACAAGGAGAGGGCAGCUGAUAUGUACCGAUUAAGUGCAUAUUUUGUGGCUAGGACCACCAGUGACCUUCCACUUGACCUAUUUCUACCAUUACUCUUUCUUCUAGUUGUAUAUUUCAUGGCAGGCUUGAAAUGUGAUGCUGCUUCCUUCUUCCUAACAAUGCUUACUGUUUUCCUAUGUAUUGUAGCAGCCCAGGGACUAGGACUAGCUAUUGGGGCCACACUAAUGGAUCUAAAGAGGGCAACAACACUUGCUUCAGUUACAGUGAUGACAUUUAUGUUAGCUGGUGGAUAUUUUAUACAGAAAGUGCCAGGAUUCAUAGCAUGGCUGCGGUAUCUCUCCUUCAACUAUCACACUUUCAAGCUUCUCCUGAAGGUGCAAUAUGAACACAUUACAAAUUCAGUGAAUGGGAUAAAAAUAGACAGCGGAGUCAAAGAAGUAAGUGCACUGGCAGCUAUGGUAGUUGGUUAUAGGCUCUUGGCAUACAUAUCAUUGAGGAGAAUGAAACUUCAAUCUGAUGCUUAGACAAUUCAGACUUCUUUUUGGAGACAGACAAGCCCAAAGAUAACUUUUCAUGUCACUGUACCAAAACUCAGUUGUUAAAAUGACAGAAGCAAAGUCAAGUGCCAAAAUUAUGAAGCUGCUGCAUAUUUUUCAUGCUUGCAGCAAGUAAUGAAACAUUUAAGGCUAC